UGUCCCACUGUUUUUCCAUCCAGGAUGGCCAGGCCAUGCUAUGGGACCUGAAUGAGGGAAAACACCUCUACACCCUGGACAGUGGUGACGUCAUCAAUGCCCUUUGCUUCAGCCCCAACCGUUACUGGCUGUGUGCUGCCACCGGACCCAGCAUUAAGAUCUGGGAUCUGGAGGGAAAGAUCAUUGUGGACGAGCUGAGACAGGAAGUGAUCAGCACAAACAGCAAGGCUGAACCACCACAGUGUACCUCCCUGGCAUGGUCUGCUGAUGGACAGACCCUGUUUGCUGGCUACACUGACAACCUGAUCAGAGUGUGGCAGGUCACUAUUGGAACUCGAUAAGAACCCCUGGCUGAAGCAACUUUGAAUAAAAAGACUCUGAAAAAGUG